CCACAGGCUCAUCAAAACAUUGAGCUCACUUUCAGUUUAUCACGGGGAACAGGCUGGCGGCGAUGCUCGCCAUCGUGAGAUCCCUCGUGAGGAGGAGGAGUCGUUGCGGGGUAUGUAUGUUCAUGCUGGACCAGGGCGCCAAAUCACUCGAGCUUGACUUUGGAGGGAAGCCCUCCUGUGUUUUCUACAAAUCCGACUACCACGAGUUCACCCACGACGACCUACACGAGUCCGCCGGGCGCGGCUGCGGCCACUGCAAAAGUAUCGUUCGCGCAUUUGGCGUCCAUCAAGUCGAGUUUACCACCGCGCGAUGGUGGCCACCGCAGGACGCUCUAGGAGCGUCGACCUACUUGGAGCUCGACACGAACAUGAAAUUUGAGCUCAACAUCUCUGAAGAACCUGGAAAAGACGUUCUGGAGUCUGUUCACUCCUGCAUCCGGCCGGGUGCGAAACUUGGCGGGAGCACUCGGGACGAUGCGUGCCUAGCCCAAGCAGCGACUUGGCUAGAGUCAUGCCGGCGAGAUCACGAUUGCUGCCGUGCCGCUUCCACAUUUCGUCCCACAAGGCUGCUCUCCCUUGACAGCAGUCCCGGUACCGUCAGAUUGGUCGAGUCUGUCCUGGGCGAUACCGUGUACGCGGCGCUCAGUCAUCGCUGGACCGAGGAGACCCUGCGCGUCCGGCUGGAACGUGGCAAUCAUGCGCAGAGGCUGGAGCACGGCAUUCUUAUCGACGACCUGCCUCAAAUGAUGCGCGACGUCGUCUUUUUGCUCCGCCGGCUAGGGAUACUCUACGUGUGGAUUGACUGCUUGUGCAUUGUUCAGGACAACAAGGAUGACUGGCAACGCGAGGCGGCCGCGAUGGCGCUCAUAUACACCAACGCCGAACUGACAGUCGCCGCGAGUUGGUGCAGCACCGGCGGCCAGAGCCUCUUCAGCGACCGCAGCGGAAACGACUUUGCUGAAGUCGACAUCGCACACAUUGACGGUGACCCCGUGUUCCUUCGCCGGGUGCUACCGCACUUUACCUGGCAAGACAUUGCAAACGACUGGUUCUCAGGCGACAGCUUCAUAGACGCUGAGCGCGAGUGGCCACUGCUCUCCCGAGGCUGGGUGUACCAAGAGCAGCUACUCUCGAGGCGCAUGCUGCACGUCACGCGCUCGGAGCUCAUAUGGGAGUGCACCGGCCACAUGGACUGUGAGUGCGGCUGGUACCGCGCCUCAGGCGAUGGAGGCAUUGUACGCAGCCAGGUUAAGCAGCCCGUGACGAGCAAGUCUUGGGGCACAGUUGUCGACGAGUACUCCAAGAGGGAGUUGACGUUUGGCACGGACAAGCUCCCGGCGCUGGCAGGCGUGGCGCAUGCUUUUGAUGACAGUCACGGCGACCUUGGCAGGUAUUGCUGUGGCAUGUGGGAGCGCGACCUCCAGGAGUGCUUCUUUUGGCGGUCAACUACGACUAGAUCGAGGCCAAGCAGCCACAUGCCGUCGUGGUCCUGGGCGUCGGUGUCCGGAAACGUCGAAUGCUGGUCCCUGGGCUCCGAGAUGGUCCAGUUCAAGGAUGUGCUCGUCUCCUACGUUGGGAACCCUUGCAUGGGCGACGUGCAAGAAGCAAGGGUCAUCCUCCGAGGACCGUUGGCACGCGCGACUCUACACUGCCGGAAUGGGUCCUACAAGAUCCAGGUAGGGGAUCAGUGGUCGGCUUUUGAUACCGACCACAGGCUUGAUAGUGCUGAUGGCUUGGCGGUCACGCAUGGAAUGCCAGCAUUCUGCCUCGUUUUUGGACAGGGCACGUCAUCCUCGAGAGCCCCCGGCCAAGAUGUGUUGUGGGAACGCGAAUAUGCGUGCUUUCUGGUUCUCCUCUGCGUAAAUGAGUCUGACCAUGUCUAUCGGCGAAUUGGCAUUUCCGCGGGGAAUCACAACAGCGAGGAAGUCGCGGAGCUUGACGCGAUGCUUGGUGUCGCAGAGACUCGGGUAAUUAGCAUGGUAUAG